AUGGCGGAAAGUUAUCACAGCUCUUCUGUUGGUAGUUUUUACCGCCAAGAUGAAGAAAGUGAUAAUUGUGUUUCAGACAUUGAAGAUAGCGAGAGUGACAGCAUUUCAGUGAACAGUGGACAUAAUAGUGAUUCAGAUUAUUCUGAAAAUGAAGUGGACCAAGGUGUUUCAGCUUCUAUUGCCUCCUUUGGUGAAACAGAAACAAUUAAAAAGAAGAAUGGAAAAUAUAUGGCAACUAAAGAAUCAGUCACAGGAAUUAUCCAACAAGCCCACAUUAACACCGGCCAUGGUGGCGAAAAGAAGACUUACAAGGAGGUGUGCGAACAUUAUGGAAAUAUUCCAAGAUCAAUUGUACCACUAUAUAUCGUGCAUUGUGAGCACUGUGUUGAAAAGCGUCACAGAAAAGAAACGGCAGCAGGAGUUGUAGUCAGACCACUGUCCGUAAGAGAUCUCAGUGAAAGAGGACAAGUAGAUCUGGUCGACAUGCAGACUAUGAAGGAUGGAAGUUAUCGCUUUAUUCUGCACUAUAUGGAGUAUCUAACGAAGUUUCAUGUGAUUCGUCCUCUGAAAUCAAAGACAGCAGCUGAGGUUGCCAAUGAACUUCUUUUCAUCUUUUUGGAUAUAGGUGCACCACACAUCCUUCAGUCUGACAAUGGACGUGAAUUUACAGCUGAAGUGAUCCAAGAACUUGCCUCACUAUGGCCUGAACUCAUCUUAGUAAAUGGGCGUCCUCGGCAUCCCCAGAGUCAGGGAUCUAUUGAAAGAGGUAAUGGGGAUAUGAAACUCAAGCUCAUGGCAUGGAUAAAAGACAAUAAUUGUGCUAAAUGGAGUUAUGGUGUCCGUUUUGUUCAGUGGGCCAUAAACAGUUCAUAUCAUGAGGCAAUCAAGAUGACUCCCUCUCAAGCGCUCACUACAGAAGAACUUGAGAGGCUUAUAGAAGUUCCACUUACCGGAGAUUCAGCUCGGGAUGACCUAAUAUCAGUAGACCCUGAAUGUGAACGUGAACCACAUCCAGUUGCAGACUCUCAGCAGCAACCUGCUAUGGAACAAGAAAAUAUCUCAAUCAAAGUACUGCAUCCAGCAAAACAGGCAAGAAAGGAAGCUGAGUAUGGUCUUCAAAAGCAAGCUCAACGAAUGUUAGCACGCAGCACUAGAUCAAUGCGAGCAGUUGAAGUUGGAGACAAUGUGUCUGUACCGGUGUCUCAAUUUAACCGUAGUAAAGGAGAGCCCCCCUAA